GGCGCACCUUCGAUAUCAACCAGAAACAGUAUCGCUUGGAAUGGUGAACAACCAUAUGAGGACUCCGAUGUUCUCGUGCUUUCCUCCCGGUUCACAAGUGUCCCACUCUCCAAAGAUUCCACCGUACUCUGUCUCGACUUACGUCUCCCAAAGCACUUAGUGCCAGAGAGCGUUGUCACAUGGGGAUUUUCUGGCAUCCGUCUCACACUCUCUUCAACCCCUCUGCGUUUCCGAUGGAGUCACUAUAUUGAUUCCCGUGGACUUGGCCCUCCUGACGAAGGCACAAUGACCUCAUGUGAUGGGGAAGAAGUAGAAACUGGAAUCGGGCUGAACCCCCAGACGGGAGAGCACGAGCCGUAUGAAGAACGCUGGGUUGAUCAACCAGUCACACCAACCACGCCGUUCGUAUUCCUCACUUCAUCUCGUGAACCCAGUGAAUCGACCGGGUUCAUUGCUGUUCUUGGAGGGCAUGCGCUUGCACUGCGUCAGGACCCUCCGAACGGCACUACAUUUCAAGCAGUGCGCAUG